UUGGCAAAGGCAAGUAAUAGCGCGUCGGAGCAGACAUUAUACUACUUCUACAAUAAGCGUUUCAUGGUUUUGAUGUUUAUACAUUUGUUUUAGUUAUAUAAAAAUAAACGUAAGUGUGCUGUUGCUCUCUGUUGUAAGACUGUCACGACCAGAAGAAAGUUUAUAUCGAAACCAAAUCAAGCGAAAGCCUUUAACCCACUUAUAUUAAAAGGUAGGCCUACAGUACCUGCACCGUAUGACAUUACACCGAAUUAAAACGGUAUCUGGACCUUGCCUUGUUUCAUAUUCCACAGCUAGAAAUGCUGGCUAACAAAGUGGGCAAACAGCUGGGUCACCCCACGUAUUCUUUAACUGGAUGGUUGGUGAGCAAGUUCUUUAAAUGGAACAAUCAGAUUUUGGAGGAGAAUGCUGUGAAACUGUGCAACAUACAACCCAACGACACUGUGCUGGAGCUCGGUCACGGGCCAGGCUUCGGUCUGCAGGCGGCAGCGCAGCUCCUCACGGCUCCGGAGGGGAAACUGCUUGGUGUGGAUUACUCUCAGUACAUGCAUGAGAUGGCCAGUCAGCGCAUGAAGGAGCAGAUCUCCAGAGGAAAGGCUGUGCUGUAUUGCAGUGAUUUGGUGGCAAUGCCGAUCGAGGAAAACACGGUUGACAAGGUGUUUCACUGCAACUGUUAUUACUUCUGGCCGGAUCUGAAAGCAGGAGCGCGAGCGAUCCACAGAGUGAUGAAACCAGGUGGAACUAUGGUCACAGCUCUCAGGCUUGAUAGUGUUAAGAAAGUAGCCUCGAAGAACAUGUUUAGCGGGGAGAGCUGGCGUCCUGAGGUCUACAUGGAAACACUGCAGUCCUCCGGAUUCACAGAUGUCCGAAUGGAGAAUAAAAGAGAGAAACUCAUCACAUUUCAAGCUAUUUUUGCCACUGCUGUGAAAUGAAUUCCUGUGUGAUGUAAUAUAUGCCAUUUCUCACUUUAAUGAUUGAAUCUGAAUUAGAUAAAUCAAACAAGAGUAAAUAUUGCCAAUGACUUUAUAUAUUGUAUCUACAGUAUAUGAGAUGCAAACAUUUCUGAAACAAUAACAAAAAUUACUUGCAAAACUAUUGUUUUGACUAACAUUAGGUAUUAUGAAAAAAAAAAAAAAAAAAAUAUAUAUAUAUAUAUAUAUACAGUAUUGUUCAAAAUAAUAGCAGUACAAUGUGACUAACCAGAAUAAUCAAGGUUUUUCGUAUAUUUUUUUAUUGCUAUAUGGCAAACAAGUUACCAGUAGAAAGUACGCUGUUCUUCUGAACAAUGUCUUGAACGACCCAUUUUCCUCAGCUUUCAAAUGCAUGUUCAACAAGUGUUGGCUUCAUCCUUAAAUAGGGGCCACUUGAUUCACACCUGUUUCUUCACAAAAUUGAUGACCUCAGUGAUUGAAUGCCACACUGCUAUUUUUUUGAACACAACCCUUUCAACUAAUUCAACUAAUUGCCCAAUUGCACAGCCUUAAGAGCGUGCAUAUCAUGAAUGCUGGGUCUCGUUUGUUUUCUGAGAAUCUACUGAACCUACUGGUAACUUGUUUGCCACGUAACAAUAAAAAAAUAUACUAAAAACCUUGAUUAUUCUGGUUAGUCACAUUGUACUGCUAUUAUUUUGAACAAUACUGUAUAUAUAUAUUAAAAAUUGUAGUUUCAUGCAACAAAAGCCCUAUAUGAACAAAAGAGUAAUAACAUUUAGUGUGCAAAUACUUUAAAUAAAGUGCUUUUUACAGCUGUAUUCUCUUUACAUGGUAGCAGUUAAAAUAACUAUUGUAGCCUAAAUCUCAACUUAUAACAUUAAUGUAAUUAUAUUAAAUAUAAAACAAGCUAUUUGUCACUGCCAGGACAUUAACGUUUUUAUAGAAAAUUACAGAAAAACAAGUUAUAGUCAGAGUCCAGAGCCUCGAUCAUAACAUUAUAACAGGCAUCUUCCUAUUAGAGACCUGCACAAUCACAGGACCCAUCGCAGCAGAGAGUGGCGUGGCGUGGACAGGAGCACGGUUCAGUUGUAUAUAGAUCAGUGAGUGUGAGCGCACGCUAUCUUCUGAUAUGUGUUGCAUGAUUGCGUGAAUAUUUCUGAGCAGCAAAAGCUAUAGAUCUGUAAAGCAAUGUAUUGUGAGAGGGACGUGUGUUACUGCCUCCCAUACGACUCAAAAUAAUAAACCACAAAGUUAACAUAGAUUUACUCCACUGUGUUGAGCGAGAGCACUUCUUCAGUAACUUCCUAUUUCCAAUCUAUCAAGUCAAGAUUACGAGCUCUUUCUUUUCUGUUAAAAUAACAGUGGACAGUGGUUUGUGAAUGUUGAUGCUUAGCCUAAAUAAUUUGAUCGGGAGCAUUCUGUGACCCAUGAUUUGUCUGUAUGUGUAUUCAGAGCCAGUGAGCAAUGGACUUGCAUAAUAAUAAAAAACUGCAUUAUUGCACAAUAAAAUAAUUGUUGGAGUUAAUCA